AUGGAGUAUAAAUGUAUAUUAAUAGUUAUAGUUUAUUUACCAGUACUAAUUACAGGUCAAUAUACUAUAAGAGGAGUUCCUGAAAGUUAUGCAGUGUUAGGUGAAAAUUAUACAUUACAAUGUACUGUUACAGAUUCCCCUAGUCUUGUAGAUUUCCGGAGAAACAAUAUUGUUUUAUGUAGUAUAUUCUCUGGAGUUUGUCAGAGUACUACACCAAUAGAUAAUAGAUAUAAAUGUGAAUGUAUAAAUAAUAACAACAAACAACUAUAUCUCAAUAUAAGUAAUAUAAAUAUACAAGAUGAUACAACAUGGUCUUGUAGAGGUAAUUCUGGUGGACAAGGAUCAACUAAUGUAUCAGUUUAUUAUGGUCCAGAGAAUAUAAGAUUUAACCCUACUAGUGAUAAUAUAGAUGUUAUAGAAGGAAAAAGUCAGAAUGUUAACUGUUUAGCUGAUUGUAAACCAGAUUGUAACAUCACCUGGUCUAAAGAUAGUUCAACAACAAUUCUAAACAACCCUUUAUCACUUAGUACUAGAGAUCAAACUGGUUCAUAUAACUGUACAGUUAGACAUACUGUAUUAAAUAAACAACUUAUAAAACAACUUAAUGUCCAGAUUUAUUAUGGUCCUGAUGAACUUACUACAAGUAUCAAUAUAACAGAAGAUGGUCCUGAUAGACUUACUUUCUCACCAGAUGUAUCAAGUAUCAAUAUAACAGAAGGUUCACCCAGAAUUAAUGGUGAUUCAGAAGAUGAAGUAAUGAAUAGACUAGGUGAAGAAGUUACAUUAAGUAUUGAUGUUAUAGCCUAUCCUAAACCUAGUUUUAAAUGGAUACAAGAAUCAACAGGACAAGAAUUAACACCAGAUACAACUCAACAAGUAGCUACCAAUAAUUAUAUUUCAAGUUUAACAUUCACAAUACAACAAUCAUCAUUUGAUAACUACAUUGUAACUGUUAAUAAUGGUAUAGGUUGUGAUAAAAGUUACACUAUAAAGAUUAUUGAUGGAGAUCCUGGAACAAAAACAAUUUCUUGUGAACAAUCUGUAUAUCAGGAAGGUUUAGGAGCUGGUAUUGGUAUUGGAAUAUCUGUUGUUAUUGUAUUUCUUGUUUUACUGACAAUAUUUAUAUAUCGAAAAUAUCAUCCAGCCAAUAAGAAACUACCAGAAGAAAGUUAUGCAACGUUUUCCAAUAGAAAUCCUGAAGAUAGAACAUAUGAAGAUUUAAAUACUCGUCCUGAAGUUAAUGAUAACAAUCAACAUAAUUCUGAAGAUGCAAAAGAAUAUGAAAAUAUUAGAAGAAAUUAA